GCAAACCAAAGGCCACGCCUCCCUAGCAACGCGUUGCUACGGGUGGUUGCUACGGUAGACGAAGAGCGAGCACUUCCUGGAGGAGCACAACCGCUUCCGGGGGAAAAAGGCUUGGCGUUUGGGUGGAGAUGGGCGACAAGCUAGGCUGAAGGUCAGGAGCUCACCCUGACCUGGCUUCGAACUGUCAGCCUUUUGGUUCGUAAGAUUUACAGCAGCUGCAGCUGGUGAUUAACCUGCUGUACUAAAGCCAGUCCCUAUGUGAGUUACUGAGGAAGAGAUCUGAACUUGUUGGGGGCUUAGUUGGAAACUUCUGUCAUGGCUGCUGAGCUAGACUUCUCACCCCCUGAAAUCCCAGAGCCUACACUCUUGGAAAACAUCCUUCACUAUGGUCUUUUCUUUGGUGCCAUUUUCCAGCUCAUCUGUGUGUUAGCCAUAAUUCUUCCUAUUCCAAAGACACACAAAAUGGAUACUGAAAGCUUUGAGAUGAAAAAUUCAGAAGUGAUAAAGAAACCCAAAGCUGCUACUGCUUCGCUAAGCAAGAAACCCAAGAAAGAAACGAAGAAGAAGAGAUAAAGCAGCUUAAUACAAUAUUUUCAAGACCAAGUUAUGGCAAGAAGCAAGCUUUCUUGAAGACAGUAUUUGGAGAAAAACUUUAAAUACUUUCAAUAGUAUUAUGUUCAUUAUUGUUAUGGAUCAAGUGGAGGUACCUCCUAAAAUAGCUUGCCAAUUAUUGUAAUAUAUUGGAGGUUUACUAAAUUUUGUACUAAGACUGCCUCCUUUUUGUUGUUGAGAUGUGAAGUCAAAGUCUCUUGAAAAGAAACUGGACCAUAAGAUUGCCUUCACUGAAUUCUUUUUCAUGCUUAAAAAAAAGACAGAGGGAUCAAACACUACAACUUUUUAUUUUGUGUGACAUUUAUAUGCAUAAUAUAUGUGUUAUUACAGCCAUUUGGUUGGAUUUAUUUGCUUUAUUUCUUAAAUCAUGUAAUUAUACCGGAGUUUAGCUUUUCUUGACUACUCUGACAGUUUUAUCUGUCUCGCUUUGCACUUCAUGCCUAAUUACAUAAGUCAUUGCUCUCAUCAGUGCUUCAAAACAUACUUUUUUAUAAAAAGAUUCAGGUGGGCUGAAUGCAUAAGAAUCGUGAUUCAUAUUCCAUGAAAGAUAAGCACUUACAUCUUGAUGAAAACACACUAGAGACAACAGUACGCCAAGUUUAGAGCUUCCUCUGAUAUGUGAGAUUUCAUUUUGUUACAUAGUCGUCAUAAGUGAUUUUAAUACAGUACUCGGAUACUGAAUUACAAUGGCUCUGGCUGUUGAGAAACAAGGAUGAGGUGUUGGCUACAUAGAGAAAAAGAAAAGAACAUUUUCAGAAGUUCUGCCAUGGUGGGCUAUUAUUUAUUUAUUUACAUCACUUUUACCCCGCCUUUCUCCCCACGGGGACUCAAAGCGGCUUACAAUAAAUAGGCAAAAAUUCAAUGCCUAAAAACAAUGUAAAAACAACAAUUCAUAUAAAAAAUCUACAACAAUUCAUAUAAAACAGAUACCAUUGCAAAAUAAAAUCACAUUAUAUAAAAUUUUAAGUAUGUCCAAGAUUAGAAUCCAUUCAUCCCUGUCUCCAUUCUACCCUUUAGGAUUCAUUUUCCUUCUGUGAUCCCCAGUUUGCUGUUGGCCAAGACAAAUUGGAAUCCACCUUCAUAUUUGUUGAAGCCAUUUUUGUUCUCUUACUAAUGAUCAGAGUCCUCAAUCUAAUUACUAGUUUCAACUAAAGUAGUCUAUCAAGUCAAUGGGAUCUGUUUUAAGUGUUUCCUUUAUAUUUGUCAUUGAAUUAGGCAACUCAACAAAUAAGAGACCUCCAUGAGCCCCAGUUAUCAACAGCCCUGACCAGUUCUUGUAAAUUCAGAGAUAUGUCUUCUUUGAGUGAAUUAAUCCACAUGUAGUGUGGACCUCCUCUUUUCAUACUGUUUUUCACUUUUUCUAGAAUUAUAAUCUUUUCCAGUAUGAUAUGCCAGCUUAUGAUUACAUUUCAGUUUAAUCCAUUUGACUUGCAGUGGGAGAAAAGACUUGAUUUGUAGUCAGAUCCAUUUAUCUUUUUGGGGGUCCGUGCUAUCUGUAAAAUGAUCUUCCAAUACCACAUUUCAAAUAUGUUGGUUUUCUUCCAGUUAGAUGUUCUUCACCAUCUGUCUAGAAAUCAGAAAUUCUCUUAACAUUGAUGUUUUUAACUUUGGUAUAUUAUGAUAUAGUUUUAUCAAGUGUAGAAUGUAAGUGUAGACUUUGCUACUCAGCAGUUGAUUAAAUGGAUCUGCACUAGUUGAUUUACCAUAUUUCAUUGCAUAAUAGUCACAUUUUUAUCCCCUUUUGACAGAAAAAGGGGUACAACUAUUAUGUGAUAAAAUACAGUAGGUCAAGGAAUCCAGUUAAAUAUUUGGGGAAACAGUACUGUUAUGGUUUUCUACUAACUUUGUAUUGUCCCUUUUGAAUUCAGUGACAACCAACUUCUGUAUUACAGGUGAACUAUUGUGGGACCCACAAACCACCUUUCAACCUCCCUCCACCCCCACCCCUCAAAAAUAAAAAUGGGAUUUCAGGCUG